UAAUGUUGUUGAUAAACAGCUAAUUUGUAAUUCAGUUUGAAUACGAGUUAAUGAAAGGACACAACGGUUAAAAAUUAUACUACUACUGAAUUUUAUGUUUUGUUAUUUGAAAUAGCUUAUAAAAAUGGUGAUUGCAAAAAAAUUUAUUUUAGAAAAACCAUUUAAUGGUGCACCAACAGAAGAUAAUUUUAAAUUAUUAGAAGAAGAGCUGGACGAAUUAAACAAAGGAGAAAUUUUAGUUGAAGCAAUUUGGCUUAGUGUUGAUCCAUACAUCAGACCUUAUUCAAACCAUGUAUCUCCUGGAACAACUGUUAUGGGUACUCAAAUAGCCAAAAUUAUCAAAUCAAAUAAUCAAGAUUACAAAUUUGGUCAAUUAGUAUUCUGUUCUACUGGCUGGAGGACAUUUAGUAUCAUUAAUCCCACUACAUUGGAGAAGGACGGUAUGCCGACAUUUUAUCUACUCCCUGAUUUUGGAAAUUUAUCUCCUUCACUUGGUCUUGGAGUACUUGGAAUGCCAGGCAAUACAGCCUUAUUUGGAUUUUUAAACAUUUGCGACCCAAAACCAGGGGAAACUGUUGUUAUUAGUGCUGCAGCUGGAGCUGUGGGUAUUCACGUGGGACAGAUUGCAAGAAAUUUGGGAUGCUAUGUAAUUGGUUUUGCUGGCUCUGAUCAUAAGGUUAAAUGGUUGAAGGAAGUUCUUAAAUUUGAUGCAGCGUUCAAUUAUAAAACGAAAGAUGUCAAUGCAGCACUUCUCGAAGCUGCUCCACAUGGUGUAGACUGUUACUUCGAUAACGUUGGAGGCGAUUUUAGUAGUGCAGUUAUCUAUAGAAUGAAAAAUUUUGGACGUGUGUCGGUUUGUGGUUCAAUUUCAUCGUAUAAUACUAAUCCAAAAAAUUUACCAAAAGUGUCAAUGUUGCAGCCAGCCAUAGUGUUUAAGCAACUAAAAAUUGAAGGUUUUAUUGUUAGUAGAUGGGCAGAUAAAUGGCAAAGUGGUAUUGAACGUAAUUUAAAUUUCAUAAAAGAGGGCAAACUUAUUUACCCAGAGUACAUUGUUCAAGGUUUUGAAAGUUUACCACAAGCUUUUAUUGGUAUGCUGAAUGGAGAAAACUUAGGAAAAGCCUUGGUCAAAGUUUAAAUUAUAAAAAAUAAUAAUUAAAAGUCAAAAAUAAUACAAUUACACAUUUUUUUUACACCAUGUGUAUUUAUAUAUUAAUAUUUAUAAUUCUGAAUUUAUAAUACUCACGUAUUAAUAACUUAUAUUUAAAAAAAAAAACAUAAUCGAUAUUAUACAAUAUUGUUUACUUUACUUUAAUUAGUAUACAUUGUUUCCGCAUACGGCAUACAAGAAACGAGCUUAUAGCUCAGUUGAUAUAUACGUAUCAACUAUUAUUAAUAUAAUUGAUUUGGUUGAAGUAAAUAAAUAGUUUAUUCAAACUCAA